UACUUUGAAUGCGAAUAUAUUAUAUAGCACCACAGCGACAAGUGCUCGUACGUGGUGAACGAGAAUAAUAGAAAAGGGCUGGGUGAACAUGAAUAAGGGGCCUUUUUUGACAACGACUAAAUGCAUGAUGAAGCGACUUAUAGCGUUUGAUGUAAAGCAGUAAAGCCACGAUAUGAAUGUAUACUCGUAUGAAUCACCAUAUUUCGAGAUAUGACGUGGGUGCGUAUGUGGGAGAUAUGGCACGAUAGGAGGCAUUUGCCAAUAAUUAUUGUCAUUGAUAGUACAGUGCAAGAGUUUCUUCUUUGAUCAAUACUGGAAUUGGAAAAGCAACACCAAGAAUGAAGUCGUAUUUGCGUCUUUUACGUUUCACAUGCACUUCACCCGGGACUCUUACGCGAUAAAAGACACAUUGAAUAAUGUAAUAGGUAGUAGUAAAGCGAUUGCAAACUGUCAAACACUGAUUAAUAGAUCGUUAACUAGGAUCAUUGUCUGUGGCAUCAAACAUCCAUUUCUGGGUGGGCUCAGAAUUUCCAGCGAAAAAAGGCAUUUGCCCAAUUAUUAUCUCAAGUGGCUUGAGCAACGCCCUUUUAAAACGCGAGGUAUUCUUGAUUUGAUCAUUCGACGUCGUCAUGGACAUCGCACGAUCGGUGUCGUGGUCGCCGGAGACGUAUAACAUGAGGGAGUUGAUGUCAUACCUUAAGAUGCCCAUCAUUGCCAUGGUUAGACAAGGACACUGUUCGCUUAGGGAAGAAGAUUCACUUAGUCAGGGACAGGUGAUUAGAAUAGCGCGUAUUCACACACAGAACCGUGUCGUCGCCAAAGAUGCUAAAGACAGGCUGAUCAGCAUACCCUUAUCAUUCCCUUUGGAUUUUGAAGUGAUGCCAAAAAACAAAUCUGGGUCCAUCAGGAGAACAUUCAGGAAAUUAAAACGAAUGCAACUCACCGAGUUAGUACGUAACUACCAGCUCCCGCAUAAGGUCAAACUGCCAAACGACCACCGUAACAGGGACAUCGUCCUAAAUGUCGUUGGAAUCGACCUAUCAACGGGACCAAUCGACUUGCAACAACUGGAGGAAGAAGUAUACCUCCAAGGAAAUGCUGUCAACUUUGGUGAACUCAAUACGACGGUACUCAACAUCCCCGACCACUCUGAUUUGGAAGUUUCUUUAGCCCUUGGACCACGACCAGGCAAAGAGUCACAGUUUAAGAAGCUCAAGAAUAAACUAGCUGAUAAGGUUGCGAAAGAAGUCCGAUUUGGAGACGCAGUCGAUGCACAAGUGAUCAAACGACUGAUACAAAUCGGUGCCGACGAAGACGAGACGCGAUCGAGGUCGGGUUCUACCCUCCGAGGCUCAAGGUCAGUACCCGACGUCAGGGGCCACGUGGUCAACGACAACGGCACCAACGGUGACGCACCUAGUGCCACAGCGAGUCGAUAUCAGAAGCGAGACUCGACCUACAACCGACCCAGUCUCUCUGCCUUAGAGAAACGCAUGAAGGAAAACAACCCACCUGCCUUACCGCCCCCAUCGCCGCUAUACAACAGCGGCAGUUCGUUCGAAUUCAACAACGCCGCCUUCGAUGCCAAUGACAUCAGCGAUUUGGAUGAACUCGAGAGCGAGGAUACAGAGAGUGACGUUCAGCCAGCUCCCUGGACUGACAUCAAGUUGGACGAUGACGAUGACGAUGAUGAAAUAGCCCCACCGAAUAUACUCUUUGGAAAAGUUUCUGCAUUUUCUUUCAACAAUCCCUCGACUUGGGGUUUCGGGAAGCAGAAUGGCAAAGCAGAUCUUAAAACAAAAUAAGUCUACUUUAAUAUUAUCACGAUUAGAGGUGUCGUAGCAGAGUGGUUUGAUCAAUCGGCUAGGGAUACGAGGGCCGUCACUACGAUCCUUCGUCUCGACAUUUGCCCACAGGCUACAUUGCUACUCUCCACGCCAUUAUCGUUGGGGAUGAGCAUGUACUAGCUUUUAAGAUGGCUAAUAUAAUGGUUCGAAUGCUCCAAAUUGAGAGGAGUGCGGAAAAAUGUUAUUGCAUCCGAUCACCAGCAUCAUAUUCUGAACUCUGUUUUUUUUAAAGUAAUGGGUAAAAAAAAAAAUACGAGUAUAAUUAUUUGUCAGACAACUUUGUGUGGAUUUAUGUCAAAGUCGGAUAAACUCCCCUGAUUAUAAUCAAAAUAUGACAAUAUUUGCAGCAAAGUGAGCAAAAUAUUUAUUUACCAGAGUUGAGCUGAAAAUUGUCCAAAGUUGGUCGGAUACACAGAUAGCCUAAAGUUUUGUGAAUAUUCCAUACAAUUUCGUUCUUAGUGCAAAGCAACUUGAUCGGUUACUUGCUGUAUAUUUAGAAAUUGUGCAGAAAUGAUUUUCACUUACAUGCUAAUAUUAUGAUUUCAUAAACCAUGGAAAUAUAUUAUUUCAUUGUGAUCAUAAAGAUAUUAAAAAAUACUGGUGAUUCGAUAUGUUUGGUAUAGACCUGUUAUUAUCAUAAUUAUAUAUUUUUGUGGAUGCAACUUCAAUAUUGAUGUUAUGUCUUUAUAUGUAGUCAUUUCGUUUAUCGUUUUAGCACGGGGGGGGGGGCACAACUUUCAGAAUGCGUAAUGCGUCGUCAACCAGAUUUCUCCUGAAGUAUACAUUUCGUUUUUUUCUUCUGUUACCUUAUUACUUUUUAGAAUGUUAAUAGUCUUCUAAUUAGUUGGUUGAAGAUAGAAAAAGGUCUUGCCGUGAUAUCUAUGCUCAUAUAUGUCUGAAAUACUCAAAGCAUCUCAUAAUAUUCUUGUUUUAUUUGUAUAUUGGUUUGUAAUAAGAUUCUCUUUUUGUGUUUGGCUUCUCAAAAGAGUUGUUUCAUAACGUGUUGUUUCAUGUUUGUAAUAAGAUUGUGUUCAUUUAUAAGUUUAACUUUUCAGUAUGAAAAAAGAACAUACGGAGUAGAUGAAUAUGCAUAUGGCGUUCAAAAGAUGUUUCACUACUGAAGUUCAGUAAUGACUGAUGUAUUCAUACCAUACAUAUAUCAUCAUACAAUUGUAAAAACUAUACGAAAUUAUCUUUUCAUUAAAAACGUGUCAGUUUGUUUUAUUUCUUUCUCUGCGUAUGCAUGGUGGGUUUGUUAAACCUUGAUAUCUUAUAUAAAAACUACAAAAUCACAUUUUUUAAAAGAUUGUGACAUCAGUCUUUCAUUUUAUUUCUCAGUCAAGUUUCUCUCUAUCUACCAUAAUUUUAAAUGUAAUUUGUUAUACCCUAUAUGGUGUUAAGUGCUUCAAGUCCUUUUACUCGUUUGUGAAUUGCCUUGUUUCAAUGUAAAAUGUUUACCAUGUAUUACGGUGAUGACAGUGAAUAUUCGAUAUUAUAUCUGGAAUUAUAUUUUGAA